AUGUCGUACCUCAGAGGCGUUGUCAGUGUGAAGGUGAAUCGAAGCAGCGUCUCUUUGAAGGAGAUCAACGUGAAGUUCAUCGGUGAAAGAGUCGAUGUUGUCUUCUCCAGAGAGAUCAACAGGCGGCUAUUCACCGAUAUUAGAAACAAAAUAGUGGAUGAGAUGUGCAGCUAUACAGUAGAAGGCCACAGGCUUUUGAAGGGAACGUAUACGAUUCCGUUCCAAUUCAUGGUUGAUCCAACGUUGCCUGAGACUGUUAACACUUCAUUGGGAUCGAGAAAUUACAGGAUUGAAGUGCAUAUGGACAAGCAGAACAGUAACAAUAGUCCAUUGAAGACACCAAUCACCAUGAUAAGGGCCCCCUUGGAUAGGUCCUUAGUUGCCAAUGACUGUGUGGGGGCCAUAGGGUCAUGGCACAGUGUGAUGCCUUAUUCGGUAUUGGUAUCGUCCAGGGUGUGCCAGUUGGGGAAACCAUUCGACAUCUCGGUGGAAACACAACCAAAUCCGAUGAUUAACUGCUCAGGUGUCGUAAAGUCGGUACGGGUCCUCUUUGUGCAGAAGAUCAAAUGUCCCUCUUCUGCCCCUACUGAGCCGUAUACCUUGUUCAACAGACAAACCUUGUGGAUGAAAAGUUAUGGGCCCCCCAAAGACCCAUACGACCCGUUCAGGCUUGAGACAACGAUCAAGAUCCCACAGACCCUUAACUUCGAUGUGUUCCCUUACACAAGCAACGGGGAAAAUGAAGAUGGAUCGCCAGCACCAGAGUUGAGGAUAUCUCAUUACAUCUAUAUCCAGAUCUCGAUGCAUCCAAUCUUCAUCACCGAGGACGAGUUCAUCGACGACCAACCUCCUCUUGAUGAAAAGAUCCAAAUACACACCUGGGACGACGUCAAGGACGAUCUCGUCUUCAAGGCACCGGUGUUUCUACUACACAGAAAUGCAAAUGAAGAGCACAACCUAGCACCACCAAGCUAUUCACAAGUGAAGCCCGGUAAACAUAACAAGCCCUUGAAGUUCAAAUCAUUGGCCUGGAUAUGCAGUGAUGGCGUAUACGACGACAGCAGGCCUCCAAAGUACGUCAGAUAG